AUGGCGGAGGCCGAGGCAGUGCAGCUGAAGGAGGAAGGCAACCAGCAGUUCCAGCGCCAGGACUACAAGGCAGCGGUGAAGAGCUACAGCCAGGCCCUGAAGCUGACCAAGGACAAGGCCCUGCUGGCCACGCUCUAUCGGAACCGAGCGGCCUGUGGCCUGAAAACGGAGAACUAUGUUCAGGCAGCUUCUGAUGCUUCAAGAGCCAUAGACAUCAACUCCUCGGACAUCAAGGCCUUGUAUCGGCGAUGCCAGGCCCUGGAGCACCUGGGCAAGCUGGACCAGGCCUUCAAGGACGUGCAGCGCUGCGCCACUCUUGAGCCAAGGAACCAGAACUUCCAGGAGACACUGAGGAGGCUCAACACCAGCAUCCAGGAGAAGCUCAGUGUGCAGUUCUCUACAGACUCGAGAGUACAGAAGAUGUUUGAGAUUCUCCUGGACGAGAACAGUGAGGCUGAGAAGCUGGAGAAGGCUGCCAACAACCUCAUUGUCCUUAGCCGUGAGGAUUCGGGCGCUGAAAGGAUCUUCCAAAACAACGGAGUGGCCCUGCUGCUGCAGCUCCUGGACACUAAGAGGCCUGAGCUGGUGCUCGCUGCCGUGCGGACCUUGUCGGGCAUGUGCACUAGCCACCGAUCUAGGGCCACAGCAAUUCUCCACACAGUCCGGAUAGACCAAAUCUGUAGCCUCAUGGCUGUAGAGAACGAGGAGAUGUCUCUGGCUGUUUGCAACCUGCUCCAGGCCAUCAUUGACUCCUUGUCUGGGGAAGACAAGCAAGAGCAUCGAGGGAAGGAGGAGGCCCUGGUUUUGGACACCAAGAAGGACCUGAAGUGGAUCACCAGCCACCUGCUAGACAUGCUGGUCAGUAAGAAGGUGUCUGGGCAGGGCAGGGACCAGGCCCUGAAUCUACUCAAUAAGAACGUCCCCAGGAAGGACCUUGCCAUUCAUGACAACUCACGCACCAUCUAUGUGGUGGAUAACGGCCUGAGGAAAAUCUUGAAGGUGGUGGGGCAAGUUCCAGAUCUGCCAUCUUGCCUGCCCCUGACCGACAACACCCGCAUGCUCGCCUCUGUCCUCCUCAACAAGCUGUACGACGACCUGCGCUGUGACCCAGAGCGUGAGCACUUCCGCAAGAUCUGUGAGGAGUACAUCACGGGCACGUUUGACCCCCAGAACAUGGACAAGAAUGUGAGUGCUAUCCAAACAGUGUCAGGGAUCCUGCAGGGCCCCUUCGACCUGGGCAACCAGCUGCUGGGGCUGAAAGGCGUGAUGGAGAUGAUGGUUGCCCUGUGUGGCUCGGAGCGAGAGCAGGACCAGCUGGUGGCCGUGGAGGCCCUCAUCCAUGCCUCCACCAAGCUCAGCCGCGCCAGCUUCAUCAUCACCAAUGGCAUAUCGAUGCUCAAGGAGAUUUACAAGACCACCAAAAAUGAGAAAAUCAAGAUCCGCACGCUGGUGGGACUCUGUAAACUCGGCUCUGCAGGCGGCACAGACUAUGGUCUCAGGCAAUUUGCCGAAGGGUCAACGGAGAAGCUGGCCAAACAGUGUCGCAAGUGGCUGUGCAAUGCAGCCAUAGACACCCGGACCCGGCGCUGGGCAGUGGAGGGGCUGGCCUACCUCACGCUGGAUGCUGAUGUCAAGGAUGACUUUGUCCAGGACAUUCCUGCCCUGCAGGCCAUGUUUGAGCUGGCCAAGACCAGCGACAAGACCAUCCUGUACUCAGUGGCCACCACCCUGGUGAACUGCACCAACAGCUAUGAUGUCAAGGAGGUCAUCCCCGAGCUCGUGCAGCUGGCCAAGUUCUCCAAGCAACAUGUACCUGAGGAGCACCCAAAGGACAAGAAGGACUUCAUAGACAUGCGGGUGAAGCGGCUUCUGAAGGCAGGUGUCAUUUCUGCGCUGACCUGCAUGGUGAAAGCGGACAAUGCCAUCCUCACCAACCAGACCAAGGAGCUGCUGGCCAGGGUGUUUCUGGCACUGUGUGACAGCCCAAAGGACAGAGGCACCAUUGUAGCUCAAGGUGGUGGCAAGGCCCUGAUUCCCCUGGCCUUGGAGGGCACUGACGUGGGCAAGGUGAAGGCAGCCCAUGCCCUCGCAAAGAUCGCUGCCGUCUCCAACCCGGACAUCGCCUUUCCGGGGGAGCGGGUGUAUGAGGUGGUGCGGCCCCUCGUUCGUCUCCUGGACACAGAGAGGGACGGCCUCCAGAACUACGAGGCCCUCCUAGGCCUCACCAACCUGUCUGGACGGAGCGACAAACUCCGGCAGAAGAUUAUUAAGGAGAAGGCCUUGCCGGACAUCGAGAACUACAUGUUUGAGAAUCAUGACCAGCUGCGGCAGGCGGCCACGGAGUGUAUGUGCAACAUGGUGGCCAACAAGGAGGUACAGGAGAGGUUCCUGGCUGAUGGGAAUGACCGGUUGAAGCUGGUGGUGCUGCUCUGUGGGGAGGAUGAUGACAAGCUACAGAAUGCAGCUGCUGGAGCCCUAGCCAUGUUGACAGCAGCACAUAAGAAACUCUGCUUCAAGAUGACUGAAGUGACAUCCCAGUGGUUAGAGAUCCUACAGCGGCUUUGCCUGCACGACCGACUGUCAGUCCAGCACCGGGGCCUGGUCAUUGCUUACAACCUUCUGGCAGCUGAUGCUGAACUGGCCAAGAAGCUGGUGGAUAGUGAGAUGUUGGAGAUUCUGACUAUAGUGGGCAAAAUGGAGCCGGACGAGAAGAAGGAGGUGGUGAUUCAGACAGCGCGGGAAUGCCUCAUCAAGUGCAUGGAUUAUGGCUUCAUCAAACCAGUGUCCUAG